AUGGUGAGUAUUUAACCAACUGUUGAUUGCUAUGUGUACAAUAUUAACUUGUAUUGAGUGGACUCACAGACAGUAUGUGAUCCCCAAGUAUCUCUGUGUUUGCUGCUUAAACAAAGAAUCCGGUUGCCUCUGUUGCUAAGCGCGAGUAGAAUGAUCUCAGGUCUGCCGUUAGGAUGGCUAACAUUAGCGUGGUAGUUAGCUGGUCACACUGUCGGUGUGAUAAUGGAGCAUAUUGUCUUCUUUCUUGUCGUCGUUACUGGAGCUACCUCCUACAAUUAGAAAUGUCUACAGUGUUUGAAUUUCGCACUUAAGCGUGCUACUUGUUACAGGUGGCCAUAUAUUGGUGCUGUGUUGCCGAAGUUAGCAUCACAGCCGCUGUCAUAUUGUAAAAGAUGGAUUUUCAGGUGUUUUGUCAAGUUGUACCGCUCCGGAAAUGCCUUUGCAAAUUUUGUUGAUGUUUCACGAUAAGACUGGACUAAGUGUCAGAAUCAAACGAGUAAGUUUUGGUACUCUACUGUAAAAUAUAGAUUCAAGAAUUCACGUCAAACGGACCUUAAGACAUAUAUUUCCUGCGAAAUUGGUGCUCACAGAACAAGAGCACUCUUUAUCAUUCCGCUACCCAUUUCUCUUGCAUUGUCAGAGUAUGGGGGAAUUUUUUUACACAGUAUAUCAAAACCUUAUAUGUUAUUUUAAUAUUCUAGGAGUAGCGUAUCGACUGUACUCCAUCAAGUGAUGCUUCCAUCGAGUGCCUUACGCAUGCGCAGGGCCUUCCAUGAACUCAUCUUUGAUAGGAAACACAAUAAGAUAGAACCCCGGCAUCCGAUGGCAGCGACGUCAUUCAUAUAUUUCGCUUGGAAUACACUCAGUUUGAUUGGCUCAGGGAGUGAUAAUGCAUGAUAAUCGAUACGUAAACGGUAUUUCCAAAGCCCUGGAAUCUGUGGCUGCUGUAAUGUCCGAAUCACACAUCAGGACAUUAAAAAAUGGCUGGGUGAGGUUUUGACGGCUUGUCUAGGAGAUCUGUCCAGUUUGAACCUUUUUGCAGCGUUCACCUUCUCAUAUAAAUUCUACUGUAAUUGGUUAUCUGUAACUGUUACAGGCGACUGUAACAUGCACAGCACGGAACCACUGUAAAAUCUGCAGUGGUAUCAACUGUCAAACCUAAUUAGGUCACAGAAUAUGGUGUUACUCCAGAACAUGGUCUGCUUUCCUUAGAAUAAACUGCUCAUGUUUAACUUUAAGACAACCCUAUUAUACAGAUUAACCGGUGUUGAGAUACAUUUUUUGAGAACUGAUGUCGGAGUGGUUUUUGAUAAAUUUGUGUCUUUUAAUUCCCACCACGACUAAAGGAUAAUCAUAAUCAAACAUAUAAUGUUUCUGGAUAUUUGUCUAGUCCCAGCUCUGAUAUAUACUGCUGUUUGUCCCUGGAACAGUCUCUAGGGAGUGGUAUCAGGCAUGCUAUGUAGUUAACUGCUCAUGAAGAUAGCAGCAUACCUUUACACACAAUGCUCUUGACAAACUGGAUUGUAACAAAAGCUUUUCUCACAUAACACCCUUUGUAAUUCUUGCAUUAACACAAACCUUGUGUGCCAAAUGAUAGCAGCUGACCAGUGUCUUUAAUUAUGCAAGCAAGGCCUUUACUUCAAGAAACUUAACUAGUAGUUCAUAUUGAUUAAAAACCCUGGAGCAUGUCAUUUGUAAUUUAUGUUGUUGGAUUCUUUUUUGAAUCACAUCUCAAGUAAAUUUCCCUUGAAUCUGAAAUUAUCAUUGCUUUCUAAGUAUGUGAUUAAUGUUUUGUUUUUUUGUUUUUUGUCCUUUACUGUGACUCCCUUCAGACACAUUAGAGCACGCCAUAGAGUGCAAUGUGAACUUACUUCAGAGUACAUGACUAAAGACAGGAUAGUGUUUUCUCAGAGCUUUAAAUCUGACCUCUACUUCUUUGUCAUGGCAAAUGGCGACAUUGUUGCUCAAAAUUUGACCACAUGGCUUCCUACCACAAUAUAAUUUUGAAACAGUGUUGUUUCUCUCACCUUUUAUUGAGUGUGCCUCCUGUUUUUAGGGUUUCUAAUUGAAGUCAUCACCUUGAGCCUAGUUCUUAAAGUGCGGUGCAUUUUGUCAUAAUUGUCUGUGUAAAAGCUUGUGUGCACCUAGAACAAAAGUACUAGAGCAAAUUGUUUGUCUGGCAGUGGGCAGCUAAAUAACCACAGUAUACCAGUGAUCAUCUGCAUCUCAGGCGGGGGAUAUUUGCUGAUUGUAUUUCUUAAAUAUAAAGUAAAAGGCUCUUUUUCUGGCCCGAGCAGUUCUUUAAGACUGAAUUAUGUGUGAGUUUUUUUUUUUAAAUUUGUGAUAGCUAGAGUUGUUAUCGUGUAUGUAGUUGGUCUUGGAGGUGGGGAAAUCCUGAAAAAAAUUGCUGUGAUAUUUGAUCUAUAUAUUAGCCUAGUACUCCUUGAAUGAAAAACAUUUAUGGCAGCUAAUGGCUUUUUAGUUCCCUCAUUCAACAUUUCAGAAACUUUCACUACUUGCACAAAAUGCACACAUACAUACACGUAUGCAUUAAUAUAUGUGAACAUGUGACAUUGAGGCUAUAUAAUGAUAUGUAACUAUUUAAUAUUUAUCUUGAUUACUAAAAUGCACAAUUUUUUUUAAACUCUGCAAUUUGAAAUGACCACAAACUGAAAAAUGACAGUAAACUGACCUGAAAAGGUGGAAAAAUGGCAGCUUGGUUAUGUUUUGGUCUCUAAUGUGCAAGCUAAAAGCUGCAGGGUUAGGGGUUAGGGUUAGGGUUAUAAUUAGGGUAUUAUUCUGUGGGGUCCAUACAUUUUUAAGUGAAUCUAGUGAAAGUUCAUCUCUAAAUUUGAACAAUAGUUGUAUAGCGACCCAUUAUGAAUACUUUUAUCUGCUGAGCCUUUUCCCAGUGAUUUUAGAUUGGUCUUGAUCACUCAAACUUUCGCUAUCUAAUUUUUGUUCCUGUCAGUUGAAUAAGUGACCGCAGAGCACAGAUUGUGUGUGGUUGCUAUAGCGACAAGGCUGACAAAGCAUUGAAAUAGGAUGUAGUUAGUGGAAUUGAGGUAUCUCUGUUGCAGUUAUUAUGUUCCCUUUUAAUAGGAUUUUUGUACAGCCGAGGACUUAUCUUGUGAAUCAGCUUAUUGCUGUUGGAGUGUGCAGCGUGUUUGAAGGUGAGGGAACAUUCUAGAAACAAAACAGAAAUGGUCGUGUUUCCAGAGUCAGCAUUGAUUAUCAUAUAGAGGGACAAAGAGUGUGAUCUGGACAAACUCUAUUUGUAGAGUAUCCUGAGAUAACUUUUGUUAUAGUUUGGGGCUAUACAAAUAAUUAUAGAGUGAUUCGUUCAGUGAUUGAAAGGGCUAAGUUGAUGUGUGCAUUUUCUUUCUCAGUAGUUUCCCCCUGCAUGGUCAUCUACAUCAUGAGUUGUUUAAAUAUAUAAAUAGUCAUAGCUAUAAGUCACUACCUAUUGAACAGCUGAUAGUCAAUAUUAAUUUAUUUUGAUUGGUUUGGUAGCUGUUAAGGAUCACUUAAUUCAAAUACUAUCUCCAUAAAACCCCCAUACACUUAAUGAGCUUUUGGCCAAGGCAAAUGAAAGGGUUUCCAUGCUACAUUUGCACUAUCUCACAACAACAUAGUUUGGAUUGCCAGGCAUCGCAGUGGCUUGAGAGGAAUUUGGACUGGGUAUUAGAGGUGUUAGCAGCUUGUUAACCUUGGCUUGAGUGUACACACACACAGAGACAUACAUCAUCACUGUCAUUAUCAUAAUCCCAAUUCAUAAAACCUGAAAGCUCUGCUGUUUUGUAUAUUUACCUUUUGCUUUUGACGGUAAUUCACAACUCACAUUGUCUGUUUUGCCAAUGCCAAAUACAGAAAAUAAUGAGUAUUACACACAUAAGUAUAAGGAGUACUUGGUAUUACUGGUGUGCUGGUGCUUGUAUUUAUGUGGGUGGAUCGCCUUCCCUUGUACCUGAAUUAUUGAGAAAAACAAAAAGGAUUGGCGAAAAAAAAAUGAAGAAGUGCCCUUUUGGGUACCCUUGUAAAAGAUAAAACAUUGCCCUCUCCAAUACCCUGUCAUUUGAAAAAUCCAAGAAAAUUGCUGAUGAAGCUUUCCUUUAAGUAGAUGGGACAAGGUAAAGGGUCCUCUGGAUGCUCUUCCAGUUGAUAAAAUCUACUAAAAUGUCCCCUUUGAAUGAAUAAAAUGUGAUAGGGUGAUCUGUUUAUAACCUAACCUAAGUAUACAGGGUACAAGGGUGGAGGUUCUGUCCUUCUGCCUAAAGUUCUUUUCUCCCAGCCUGCCUGUUUGACAGGCAGGAACCUGGCCUGUUGUGCACUUGCCUUAUGUUUACAAAAUGCCAAGGAGAGCCAGAGAAGUAAAGAGCUUACUUUUCUGCUGGGGCUACAUGGAAUACAGGAAGUGUUCUUUUCAUGUUUUGUUUUUUUUUUUUUUUGUUGACCCCCUUCUCUCAAACAUUUGGAGUAAACCACUGAAGGGCAGUCUUACCUGUCCCUUCCCCUCUCUAACAGACCCUUUAUUCUGAAGUUGAUUGUAAAUCUUGAAAAAAUAUAUAUACAUAUAUUUUAUUUUCAUGGAAACAAUUGCAGAGGGGGCCUUUGGGGUGACCCAUGAUGUUGUCAGGGGGGUCACAUGACCAGCUAACUGAUCCUCCCUAGGAGGUGCAAUUGUAGCGGUGAGAUGAAAGGCAGCGAGCUACCGUAUGCAUAUGAACCCACUCACAAAACCCCCAUGACCCCCUAAAGUCUGGACACUGUUACUGUCACACAUCUUGAAUUAAUUUUCCUGACACUUUGGAGUGACCUCCUCUGACAUGGCCUCCUGGCCUCUGCACACACACAUUCUGUUCUCCUUUCACAGUGUUGAAGGCUCUUCAUCUGUAGAACUACUGCAGGAGGUGGUCACUUCAUCAGAGUGUCCAUUUUUACCGUACGUCUGACAGUGAAGCCAAGCCAUCAUUGUCAUGCCCGUGCUUAAAGACAAGCUCACACUGAUGUGGAGGCACAGGGAGCUGGGUUCUCCAGAGACUGGCCCAGCUGGAGUCAGUUUCGUAUGAACAGGACAGUGUCUAGUCAUGUGCUCUUGUGGCAGUGAGAUACAAGGAAAAGAGAGAUGAAGAGUUUUGGAGGUAGCUGGUUAUAAAGUUGACAUAUUUAUUGAAGGACAAACAACUGGUUGGAUAAGAAACCUGGACGACAUCAUCAGAAGAAAGAGGCAUCAGCUGUGGGGUUGGUGCCAAUUUACUGCCCUCUGCCAUUCUAGAAGACUUUGGAAAACUUCUGUCAUCCAUCCAUCCAGUCCACUCACUCUGGACUCAUCAAAAGACAAGCUAUAAGGUUAUUUGAUACCUGCUUUAUUUACCUAUCAAGAAGGACAAAGAAGAUCGCUUUUGCCAAAUUAAGACUCAAACCCGUCACCUUUAUCUUCAUAAUGUAAAUAUUUAGAGAUGUCAAAACCUGCAGUGUACCAUUCUCUCUUUACUCUCUUUACAAAUCAGAAGCAACUGAUAGAUGUCUGGCUAUCGUUUUUUUCAUCCACCUAUCCCUCCCAUUGUAAGACAACAUUCUUGCCCUUCCUGCUGUAAUCCCCUCAUCAUGCUGCCUAAGAAAGUUGCUCUCUUCCCUGCUGAGGAUGAACUGGUGAGCUUGUCUACUGUUUAUGACCUCCUGGAUGAACAGCAGCUCUGCUACACUGAGCUCCUCCAGCAGCAGGAGAGAAACUACAGAGCCUUCCUGCAGAUGCUAAUGGACUCAUCGUCCAGUCGAAUGGACAGCCUGGUCAGAGAGCUACAGGACCUGAGAAACUGUCUUCAGAGAACCAAGACCGAGCUGGCUGAGGUGAAAAAACAGGGUGUCCAGAACAGCAAGCGGGCUGAGUGUCUGGCUGAAGGCUUAGUGAUGGUGCGGGGGGCAGUGGAUGGCCUCAGCGUGAAAAUAGGAGCAGCCGGAGGAGGCUCAGGAGGAAGAGCUGUGGAUCUAAAGCAGCGCAGAGGAGGUGGCGGGCUAAGGCUAGAUGGAGGAGGACGAGGAGGAGUUGGAGGCAGAGGUGGACAGGCGAAAAAGCCCGAGCCGAAAGCAGUGAAGCUGGUGGCAGACCUCACAGAUAUCCACUUUGAUGACAUCAAGGUUGUACUCAUGCACUCUUAGUGAAAUGAGUGGGGUGGCUUGAACUUUAAAACACUGCAGUACAUUGUUGUUCAUCUCUGGCAUGUUCUAGAGCCAGUGCUUAGAGUUUAUGUUUGAGAGGAGUUUCGACUGAAAUGUUGUUGCUGUGACCAUGUUUUACAUGUGCCCAGAGGGUUCAAAACAUAAAUGCCUCGAAAACAUUUUUACCGUCACUCACGCAACGAGUUGUGGAACUGUUAUGCUACAAAAUAAGAGCCAAGUCUGUGGGUGGUUUGUUGUACUUAUUUCAAUUCUGUCCAUAUGUUUCGAUUGCUUUAUUCCUUCUCCACUUUCUCUUUUAUGCUUUUUCUGAUCAUCAUUGAAGAUAGAAAAGAGCUUUGCACAAUCGCAAACAUUCUUGCAUAUCAUAUGUUCCUACAGCCGAAUCUUAAACCUACAUUUGUUACCGUUGAUUUUCAUGGGAAAAGACCAAGUUACUGACCUGCAACCUAAAUAAUGUCUCUGUUGAAAAGUUAGUCUGUGAUAAUAACAAACUUGUGAACACUUUUGAGUGAAGUACCUUUUGAAGAGAUUUUACUGUGCAUGUUCAGUUUGUGCCAACCUGCGCCAAGUGCAGUGGACUCAAAACGCUCAUGUUUAAAUGGGUAAGACUUUAAGUACACUCAGCGUCACACUUUGUUGGCUAAAGGUAUACAACAACAACACUUAAGUGAAGUUUGCUUUGGCCAGAGAACAGUUCGCUGAUGGUGUUAUUAUGUCUAUUGGCUUCGUUGUGCUUCUGGGGCAGCACUAAGUAUGCAGAUUUAAUGCAUUUCUCUGUAAUAAAUGGGUUAGGGUAUUUUUUACUUGUUUGGUCCAUGUAUGGUUGAUAAAAACCCAUCACAAGUCGAUGGAAUAUUUUACACCGCACUAAUUCACUCUUUUUUUCCGUCUUUUGUUUUUCAUUUCAGGCUGAUCAAUUAACAGAAGAGCAGAUUGCAGGUAGAGUAACAAAAAGCAAUUACUGCACACUUUUUGCCUAGAUCAACACAAGGUCACACUUAGUGCUGUUGCCAACAACUAAACUUUGGACUUUAUGCUCCCUGCCCUUCUUCUGUUGCCUCUGUGCAGAGUUCAAGGAGGCCUUCUCCCUGUUUGAUAAGGAUGGAGAUGGGACCAUUACCACCAAGGAGCUGGGCACCGUCAUGAGGUCACUGGGUCAAAACCCAACUGAGGCUGAACUCCAGGACAUGAUCAAUGAGGUGGACGCAGAUGGUAUGCUGAUUCCACCAGCUCUCAUAGAGAUUCAGUUAAAACAGGUGGUUGUGGAGCUCUUUUAAAAACAUCGUCUGUUGUAUUCUGUCCCCCAGGCAAUGGGACCAUUGAUUUUCCAGAGUUCCUGACAAUGAUGGCAAGGAAGAUGAAGGACACUGAUAGCGAGGAGGAGAUCAGAGAGGCAUUCAGGGUCUUUGAUAAGGUAAGCUUCUGUGCUUUCUGUCAGAAAGAUUUAGUCUGAAAAAUAUGAGAUUUUUAGGGUUCUGUAAUAGCACUAUAGAGUCCUGUUUUAUUCUGAGACACUGUAGUAGUUCUGUAAAGAAGGACCAGUAUUUCUAGCCCAGUGUGGGAUCAAACUAACCAUGCCAAUAUCAUGCUAGAAUGGGCAUCUAGUUUGACAAGUAAAACACAAGUUUGGCUUUCAUUUACACUCUCCAUUAACCAUUUGUGCAAUCUGGCAAUUGAUUUUGACAACUUCUUAGGCUAAGUGGCAACUUCUGGUGUUGAAAAAUGGAGCAUGAGGCUGAAGUGCACUUUCCUCAGGUGUCCUCCUAGUCAGAGAUGAAAAAAAAAAGCCAAGGAACCAACACUCGUAAUCAAAAACUGUUUUUACAGCGUCUUAAACAUGCAUCAUGGCUCAAAAAAGAAAUCUCAAAAACCCUUUAGAAUAUAACACCAUAAGUCGUUAUUAACUUACAUGUUUCAUUUUGCAUACCUCAAACAGUCUAACUCCCUCUCACUUUUUUUUCCUUGUUCAUUUUGUCCUUUAUUGCUAAACUGAGGGGAGUUUCUGUACCACAGGAUCUUACUAUGUCUGGAUAGAAGUUUAGCCAAACUUGAGGUUGCUUACUGUAUGGUCUGCUGUGAUUCUCUUCUCACAUCCUGUUUUUUGUACCGUCUCACAAAUGAUUUAUAUUUACAUCGUCACAACAGGACCCAGCAGAUAAAUACAAUUUUAUGUGAACUGCAAAAAAGUUCCACUUUGGAACCGUCUCUCGAUACCCAAGCCUAGUUGCCGAAGGGGAACUUGUAACAAAACUGGUAACAGCUGGCAGCUCAGACAAAUAAUCUCCUCAAAAAGUUAUAGCCUGGUCCCAUCCAAAAGGUCUAAUUUUAUGCAAACAAAGGCUCAGCUGUGUUAUUUUCUCUGCUGUUGUGGUAAUUGAUAAACAACGCCCCCCUACUGCUGCAUGUUCAUUCCUUUCUAUCAAGAACUGUGACACAGAAGAACAAUAAUGUCUCAGCUCUUAAGCUCAGCUCUUGAAUUUCCCUCUGGAAUUAAUAAAGUUAUCUAUCUAUCUAUCUAUCUAUCUAUCUAUCUGUCUAUCUGUCGAUCUGUGUCGAUCUGUCUAUCUGUCUGUCUAAGCAGGUUGUGUAAAAGAAGAUAGAGAAACUUGAUGAAGACGAUGACACGCUGUUGUUCUGUGUAUGUGUUGACAGGAUGGUAACGGUUAUAUUAGUGCUGCAGAGCUGCGUCACGUGAUGACUAACCUGGGGGAGAAGCUGACAGAUGAAGAAGUAGAUGAGAUGAUCAGAGAAGCAGACAUCGAUGGAGAUGGCCAGGUCAACUAUGAAGGUACAGGAAAGCAGACUGUUGAAGACAUUGUUUGGAUAGACUUAGUUUUAGUGUUAAAUUUUAGAGUCGAUUCUUUUCUUUUUGAGUGAAAAACAGCUCCUGAUUGAUUUCUUGUUUCAUUUUCCUCCACAGAAUUUGUUCAGAUGAUGACUGCCAAAUGA